UGACGAUUUGGUACCCACAGGGCAAGUGCAUUACUCGCAAGUUUUCAAAAUCUCGGAUCAAAUAACCUCUUUAGUGCUGCAGGAACAGCAUCUUAUAUCUGCUGUUUUUGAUGUUUCGUGUGCAUCGUACUCGUAUGGGUCAUGAAGCGACACUUACUUAACGUCCGGAGCCGUCGAGAAGCACCCAGUAGCUGGUGCGAAUCAGCGGAGCGCAACGCAGAUUCUCCGUACGCGACGAUUCCGAUGCUGCUUAUAGCGCCCAUAGCUUGGCGGAUCUGGUCUGUGCCUGCUCCCUAUUGGACGGGGGAGUGAUCUGGCUAAAGUAACGUCGGAUAGGGCGUACAUCACGUUUGGGCUGUCCACCGUUAGCCUUCUCUGGAGCACCACCGCGUCUUCCGAGGAUGUGGCAGUCGAUGCCGCCGACGCGGCCCUCAGCUUGAGCAAGAACGCCACCGCAUUCGCUCAAGGGGCCGCGUCGCAGGGUGUGCCCGGCGCUGUGGAGACAGCCCAACCCUCUAUUUUAGCUCGCCUGCUCAUCACCACCGUCGUCCUUGUCGGACUCUGGCAUACAGCCUUCGUCUGCGCGCAUUUCUCGCGGCUCGGCUACUCCCUCCCGCCAUCCGACGCUCGAUGCACACCAUCGUCCACCCAGAAAAGGCGAUGUUACCAUGUUUACGCAGUAUGUGAUGAGCGCCAUGCUGACGUGAGUGUUUCCAACACGCCUACCUUCCCAUUCUCACUGCAGCGCGCACGACUAGGCCUCGCUAGCGUCUAUGGCUUAAUACUCGCUGUUUACUCCCGGAGCAUUGUAUCAAACGUUGUGGCUAUACCAGAUACCCUUCGCAUAGUGUGUUGGUAUUUGUCGACGCAAGAAUACGUUAGACCGUGAAAGUAUCCACAGUACCCACUCUGCUCACACCGCAGGUAACUUACCCGGUCAAUUUUCACACACGUACAUCAAGGAACUUCCUCCAACUUCCAACAGACAAAAGGGAAGGGCUCAAAAGAGAGUAUUCCGGAAUGCGUUGAGCAAACAGCGUUACCGGGCAAACCGCUCGCAUAGGGGAUUCAGGCAAAAGGAGGGGCACGUGGGCGAUUUAAGCGGGAGCAGAUGCAACGAUCCACGACGAAGACUGCAUUGCACAUGGGAUGAGCGGGCAUUAUCCGGCAGUGUUUUCCCUCUAUCACGCGAGACUAGAUAGGGGGUAUAUCAUGUUUGGGCUGGCCGGCGUCAGUCUUCUCUGGAGUACCGCGUCCUCCCGAGGAGCAGUCGAUGUCGCCGACGCGACCCUCGAGUUGAGCAAGAACGCCACCGCACUCGCUCAAGAGGUCGUAUCACAAGGCGUGCCCGCUGCUCCGAAUACAUACACUCCUUCGGCCCUUGCUCGACUUCCUGUCGUCGGUGUCGCUCUCGUCGGGCUGUGGCACAUAGCCUUCGUCUGCGUGCAUUUCUCACAGCUUGGCUACCAUCUCCAACCAUACAGGGCUCAGCGUGCCUUGCUCGCUCGCGGAAGAGGGUGCCGCCAUACUUCCGUAGCAUCCGAUGAGCACCACGGUGGUGUGAGUGCUUUCACUUUGUCUACUUUCCCGCUCUCUUUGAUGCGUGCACGACCAGACUUCGUCAUCAUCCAUAGUUUGAUACCCGCGUCUUCCCAGGUCACUCUAGUGCCAGAUUUUAUAGUACAUCAGGGCGUUAGGAUUCAUUUGAUGAAUCAAUACGGACUGCAGCUACGGUAUGUAUGCUGUCUACGAGAAACUUUUGCUUUCCGCACUUACAGAGUAUAGAGCGUUCCGAAGUCACCCAACGAAAGACGUGCAUAAUGUAUAUGUAUAUACUAUUGUAGGCAAGGAUACUCUCUUACAAGGGGCGCAAUGGACGUGUAUGCAAUGUUGCGAGCUUUGCUUAGAGAGAGAGCGCGACUUGCACGGCUCGAUAGCACCGACAUCCAAGAUGCCUGGAGAGAUUUCACCACUACCCUGCUGAACACUUGGCAUUGGUCUGCAAGAGACUGUGUACGGAUCAUUCUGUGAGUUCAGGAUGCCACUCGAGGCUUCUUGACGCUGAUACUCAGCAACUCCGUACUUACAGGGCGAAUGCGUUGCUUGCAAAAUUCUACAACCACGGUCCGAGCUCCGCCCUCGGUGUUGCCGACGCAGUGUCUUAUAUCUGUUGCUGCUGCUGCCUUGUGUGCAUCAUACUCGUAUGGAGCAUGACGCGACAUUUGGUCGACAUCCGGGAGCGUCGAGAAGCGCCUCGCAAUCUGUGCAGGACAACGGAAUGCAACGCAAAUUCUCUCUAUGCGGCGACUCCGAUGCUGCUUGCAGCUCCAAUAGCUUGGCGAAUCUGGUGUGUGCCUUCCGUCAGUUCUACAAA